CCGGGGCACGGGACGCGGGUGCCACGGUGCCCGGCUUGCGGGCGGAGGACGCCGCCAUGGGCCUGGGAGCCAGCGCCGAGCAGCCUGCGGGCGGCGCCGAGGGCUUCCACCUGCACGGGGUGCAGGAGAACUCCCCGGCGCAGCAGGCAGGCCUGGAGCCCUACUUUGACUUCAUCAUCACCAUUGGACACUCACGGCUGAACAAGGAGAAUGACGCCCUGAAGGCGCUGCUGAGGGCCAACGUGGAGAAACCUGUGAAGCUGGAGGUUUUCAACAUGAAGACCGCGAAGGUGCGCGAGGUGGAGGUGGUGCCCAGCAACAUGUGGGGAGGCCAGGGCCUGCUGGGCGCCAGUGUGCGCUUCUGCAGUUUCCGCAGGGCCAGCGAGCACGUGUGGCAUGUGCUGGACGUGGAGCCAUCUUCGCCUGCCGCCCUUGCUGGCCUGCGCCCCUACACCGACUACGUGGUUGGCUCUGACCAGAUCCUCCAGGAGUCGGAAGACUUCUUCUCGCUCAUCGAGUCCCACGAGGGGAGAGCCUUGAAGCUGAUGGUGUACAACUCGGAGUCUGACUCAUGUCGGGAGGUGACUGUAACCCCCAACGCAGCCUGGGGCGGAGAGGGCAGUCUGGGGUGUGGUAUCGGCUAUGGGUAUCUACACCGGAUUCCAACACAGCCUGCCAGCCACAAGAGACUUCCUGGCACCCCGCCUCCUGGCGCUCCACCCCUCAGCACCCUGCCACCCGAAACCCCACAACCUGUCGCCUCAGUUCCCAGUGUCCCACCAACGGAGCCCACCCUCCAGGACCCUCCUGGCCUGGAGUUGAAUUCUAGACAAAGCGACUAUAUGGAGGCCACACUGCAGGUUCCCAGCAGCUUUUUGGACGGACAGCUCAUUGGUCCUGGGAGCCUCAGCCACAGUGCCUCAGACUUUGGGGGCCUUCCGUGUGCCAUGGAGCUCCCACUUCAGCCUCCCCCUCCAGUGCGCAGAGUCAUGGACCCAGGCUUCCUGGAUGUGUCAGGCAUGUCCCUGCUGGACAACAGCAGUGCUGGCCUGCGUCCCAGCCCGCCCCCUCCCACCACACUGACCUCUGCUGAUGCCACAGCCUCAGGGCUGGAGGACGUCGGUUCCAGCGCGAGUUCUCAUGAGCGGGGAGGUGAGACGACAUGGUCAGGGUCAGAAUUUGAGGUCUCCUUCUUGGACAGCCCGGGUGUGCAGGCCCAGCCGGACCACCUGCCUCAGCUGACCCUCCCUGACAGCCUCACUUCAGCAGCCUCCCCUGAAGAUGGGCUGUCCGCUGAGCUGCUGGAAGCACAGGCCGAGGAGGAGCCGGCACACACGGGGAGCCCGCGUUUCGGGGCAGAGGUCCAGGAGGCCGUUGGCCAGGCUCAGGUCUCCCCAGUGUCACAUCCUGGGCUGUGACGAGGCCCUCAGGACAUCUGGUGAGGUUCAAGAUGGGUCUGUGCUGCUUUCCAUGCUGCAGCUCCCAGUGGGGAGUGGGGUCUCUGCUGGGAGAGAGGCCCUGGGCAGGCAGAGGACUGGGAGCAGCACCCCAGCUUGAGUGCUGAGGCGCAGGAAAGAAUCGGCGGCUUGAGGAGGACGUGAAGCCUUGGUAGUAACAGGGACCCGGGAGCUCAGGGCCCGGCUUGCUGUGCCUAAUGAGCGGGCUGGGAGGAAGCGGCCGGUCACGCCCAGUGUGGCCACGUGGUGAGGUCGGUGGUAGGCUGCACAACUGUUUCAGUCCUCCCAGCUCAGCGCCACCAGCAGCACCUGCACUGGAAGGGUCCCCUAGCACCAUGAUCUCCCCACCCACUCCCACACCAUUCCAAUACCAAGUCUAAAUUCGGUGCCUUCAGCCUGAGGCUGGCUGACGCACCAGGUACUACUGCAGAGGCAGUGUAGCUGGCCACCUCUUCUGUGUGACAAACUCUGUCCCUUCAGAAACCCGUCUGUGCCUGUGCUGUGACGUCUUUUGCUCCCCAGGGCCUGUCCACCACACCUCGCCUCCCCAUUGUGCGCUCCUGUCAACUCCCCCACGCACAGUGAUCCCUGAAUACACGGCACCCAGCCAGCCCCAGCAGUGAAUAAAAAGGACAGUAUGCCAGGUGUGGUGGUACACGCCUUCAAUCUCAGUACUCGUACUUGAGAGGCAGAGGUAGGAUCUCUGUGAGUUUGAGGCUACCCUGAGACUAGUGAAUUCUAUCAGGUCAGCCUGGGCUAGAGCAGGACCCUACCUUUGAAAACCAACCACAAAAAAGGUACAAACUUAGCUGGGCAUGGUGGCGCAUACCUUUAAUCCCAGCACUUGGGAGGCAGAGGUAAGAGGAUCGAUGUGAGUUCGAGGCCACCCUAAGACUACAUAGUGAAUUCCAGGCCAGCCUGGGCUACAGUGAGACCCUACCUCAAAAAGCUAAAAAAAAAAAAAAAAAAAAAAGGUACCAACUUAAGCUCAUGAUUCUAAGUAAACUUAAAACCAGUCUGCUUAAAUAGGUUUCUCCAACCCAGAGCUCCCAUUUCAUUACAAGAAAAAACUUAAGCCCAGACAGGAGCGGAUAAGGGCCCUUCUGUCUGUGUAUGGCGUGGGUGACUGUGCCCUAGUGUCCUUGGAGGCCGAGGUUAGGUGAGGCCCAGUCUGCUUAGACAGGAGUCUCUGCUCCAUUGGGGGUCAGCCCCUCACCAGCCCAAGGCCUCUGCUCAGCCUAACCCACUGGCCUUCCACACUGCUUCCCUGCUACAACAUGCACCCUGCCUAGCCUUGUCCUCCAGCCUCCACUUAGUUCAGAGUGUCACUGUCUGUAACUGCAUGUGCAGGGAAUGAAUGCACAAGCUGUCAGGCCUGCAGGACUUGCAAGGACUGCCUGUUCUGAGGAGUGAGGGGUCAGGCUGCUCCCCAGCACUCAGGGCCUCAAGCACCGUGGCGGUGCUCAGAGCCAGCCCUCGCCAAGCCCAUUGGGGCAGCUGGGAGGUCGUGGACAGCGAGGUGCUGCAUCCUGGAAUGUCGGGGAGCCCUAUGUCAGCAUGCAGGAAUGUGGGAAGUAGAAUAGUCACUACAGGACUGUUCUGGACUAGUUAGUUCUUAGCUCCCUUCUCCCCCAAACUGGGGAAAAAUGAGUAUGUCUCCUGUUUCCCAGGUGAACAAGCAAAUCGGUUUUCUUUCUUUCUCUGUAAUCUGCUAUAAAGGACAAGUGACAAGUGAAAAAAACAAAUGUGUGUGGCACUUUGAAAUAUUAUAACUAAAAGCCUUUAUUCUAUACAACUGUGAAAUACAGAUUUUGACCCUUUUGGCAUUGCA